AUGUUUUCAAAGAGUGUAGUUGUGUGCUGCUUGCUGGCGUUCUCCGCUGCCACUGAUGUUUUACAAUGUCCUGGUAAAAAUACAGAAAAUCUGAAGGAAAACGUGCAGCUAUCGCCAUGCAAGAAACCGCCUUGCAAAUUGAAAAAGGGAACAGAUCAGCACAUUACUAUUAAUUUCACUCCCAACGAGGACGUGGUUGAGUUAAAAAAUCGUGUGGUAGCUGACGUGUUCGGCGUGGACUUACCAUUCGUUGGCGUAGAUGGAAACAGUGUUUGCGACAAGAUAUUAACAGCGGACGGACAGAAGGCGCCAUGUCCACUCAAAGCCGGAGUAAAAUACACGUAUAAAGACUCAUUUCCCGUCCUCGAGUUCUAUCCCAAUAUAGAGGUCAAAGUCCACUGGGCCCUAAUCAGUCCUAAGAGCGAAAUUAUUUGUUUCGAAACGCCUGUUAAAAUAGUAUCUAAGAAGUGA